AUGGGCAACCUUUCUACGGACGCUAUUGUGACUAUUAUCAGUACAAUUCCCGGAUUGCUUGUGUCGUCUUUGAGUGCUUGGUUCGCAUACGCAGCAAUUCGUCGCCGGCAUCUCGCCGCUAACGACAUCGAGACCUCAACUCUUAUUGUGCGCAUCAUCUACUGCUCCUCAACUUCCGCCUGUGCCAGCAGUACGGCCUCAGCUCACGGAUGCGAACUCACCGGUCGCAUUUGGACGACCACCAAGUCAACAACUCGACCAGAUCUUGCCUAA